CUUCAACAAAAGAAAUAUGAGAGAAAUCUCCCUAAAACCCCACAAGGCAAAGCUGGAGAAAAAUGGCUCCAUGCCUAAUUCCAGACUUCCAGACUUGAUCAAGGCUGGUGAUAGCUCCCAGAACUCUCUUCUAAAGAGGAGAAGAAGGAAGCUGAAUACACUCAAGAUAGAUACCACAAAUCUUAGCCAAGCUUCUAAAUCAAACCCUUCCUUGUUAAUCAGAGAUAUGAAGAACCAGUAUUCUAAAACCUCUUCUCCUGAACCAAAAAGCGCUGCUCCUAAAAAUUGUGGCAACGAAAUUGAAUAUCUCUUUGUCAAACCAAGGAGCUGCUCAGACUCCAUAACUGAGGGAUCUAUCUCUCAGUUUCUGAAUAAAGAAGGAAUCUUCCAGAUAAGCUUACCACAAGCAUUUGAGUUACAAAUUAUACUUUAAAACUAGGAACGUUCGCUUCCUGGUUAUAUUAUUAAUUAAUCAUAAUCCUUU